AUGCGAACGAGUAUCAUCCUCUUCUUGAAUAAAGUCGAUCUCUUCCGGCUGAAACUCGGCCGGUCACCGCUUAACAAAUAUUUCCCCGAUUACUCCGGUGGGAAUGAUGUUAAUCGUGCAGCGAAAUACCUCCUAUGGAGAUUCAACCAAGUAAAUCGGGCGCACCUGAAUCUCUACCCUCACCUAACACAAGCUACCGAUACCUCAAACAUCCGACUUGUCUUCGCCGCCGUCAAAGAAACCAUUUUACAAAAUGCUUUAAAAGAUUCGGGAAUACUUUGA